UCUCACUGUUGCUUUGUCUCUUGGUACUCUUUGUACCUGGAAAAAGUGAUCCUUUAUUACUUUUGGUGAAGGUGCGAUAAACUAAAGCAGCAAGGAUGAUGAUGGGCGAUCAGUUUCGAAGUAAAGUGGAACAAUAUUCACCAAAAUCCUCACCAAGAGGAGCACGGUCUCCAGUAGUAUCUCGUCAAGAUUCUACAGGAACACUAAAGACAACCAUUUCCCUUGGAAAAAAUCCUUCCAUAGUCCACAGUGGACCAUUUUAUCUGAUGAAAGAACCCCCAGGGGAAAGCGAACUGACUGGAGCAACAAAUUUGAUGGCCUAUUAUGGCCUGGAACACUCAUAUAGCAAGUUUAGUGGUAAAAAGCUUAAGGAACAGCUAUCAUCUUUUUUGCCAAAUUUGCCUGGUAUUAUAGACAGACCUGGGCAUCAAGAUAAUAGCUCUUUAAGAUCGGUAAUUGAGAAACCUCCCAUAGGCGGUAAAGAAUUAUUACCUUUAACGAGUGUACAGCUUGCCGGUUUUCGAUUGCAUCCUGGUCCACUGCCGGAACAAUAUAGAUACAUAAAUCAAGCCCCUCAGAGAAAACACAAAAAUAAACAUAAGAAACACAAGCACAAGCCUGGAGAAGUGCUCAGUGGACAGGAGACAGCCACAACAGACGUGGGUGGUUCUGAUACGCAUGAAAAGAAACAUAAGAAACAGAAAAGACACGACGAGGAAAAGGAAGCUAGGAAGAAGCGAAAGAAGGAGAAAAAGAGGAAAAAGCAGAAACACAGUCCCGAGCACACCGGCAGCCUCACACCGUCUCAGCAUUCCAAUUCGUGAUCUCUAAUCUGUCCUUUUCAAUUCAUGCCAAACUUUUGAUCGAAAUCUAAAAAAAAACAUACGAUAUGUCAAUACGAUUAAAAUAUACACAAAAUAUAUAUA